UCUGAAAGUGUAAUAUUUUAAAUACGAUGACUGUGGGCGACAAUCCGAAAAUUUGUCGGCCGAGAGGCUCAGCAGGGGAAACUAAUUAGCCUUUCGCCGAGCCCCGCCCCCCUUAGUUACUGUUGCUACUUCCGACAAACAAAUGACCAGCGUGACAGAUUGCCAUGACGGAAAGGGAUAUACCCGUGUGUGUCAGUGACAUUUUUUGGAGCAAUACCGCCUCGCUUUCCUCCAGAUCGAGGCAAAAGGGGUUACAGUAUGCAGUGGAGGGAUAUAUUCAAAAUAUAAAAAUAUGCAAUGAAGGAGACACGACUGCUAUCGAGGCUAAUGCUUACCGGUCUCACGCAAGAAAUGAGCACAGCCUUGUGGACCAGUCAUGCUCUUGCACUGCCGAAGACCAGCUGCCCCGUGUGGUAUCUUCAUGUUUCUCUUGUCUUUUGUCCAAACAUCUGUGUUUUCUUUGCCUUCAUCGUCUGGGGUGUUAUUGAGGGAUUUCUGAAUGAGACCAUCACUUGCAGUGCUCUUUAUAUUCUGAGGAUCUUUAUGUUGUUUUGGGCUGUGCCAUAUUUAAAGUAUCUUCAAGAUAACCAUCAAACAUGGAUUAAGUUUUCAAGUAUACCAAGAGAAUUAUCUGUUUUUUCAAUUAUUGUUUAUUCAGUUUUCUUUGCAUGUGCCUGGAAAGAGCGUGCACACGACACAAGCAUUGAAGCUCGUGUAGCUUUUGGAAUUAGUUUUGGAAUAGUGGUACUGCUGAGUCUCAUUAUCAUCUUCAUUAAAUAUUUAAAAAAACAAAAAACCAUUAGAUGUUUGGUUGCUGUGCUGUCUAUUAUUCAAAUCGGUCAGUUAGCAUUGUCAUUUGGACUUAUAAAUCUAGCCAUGUAUUCUCAGUUUGUGGUCCACGUUGUACUGCUUUGUGUGCUUUCAUUCAUUUGUUUACUACAAGCUUUACAGAUAACAGGGAUGUUAUCAUUAAGACUCCAGGAAAUCCUUCUAUGGAUAAUAUUAACAAUAACACUCCUGGAUAUUCCUGUAGUGAUCAUUCUUCAUCUAAGCAUUUUGGAAGAACAGAAAGAUUUGUUGGGUUGGAUCGGUGCCAUUUUAUUUAUGGAAGUCCUGAAGAUGAUUGAAUGCUUUGAACACAUUGUGCACGAGGCCAGAUCUUUAAGAGGAAAUAGACAACAACCAAUUGAAGCUGUGGUAGCUGAUACAAGUCUACAAGGAUCAAGUCCAUGGCUUCUCUGCAAUUUAGUAAUGUACAUGUUUGGAGCAGUUGGUGUGGUCUUGUUGAGUUCUGUUGCCCUGAUGGUAGAACUUAUUCUGAAAGCAAGAAAUGGUGAGCGUGUGAUGAAUGAUCUGAGAGUCAUCGUCUUUCCUUCUGAGUCUGUUUUUGCCUUCUAUUGGGUAGUUUUACUCAUGCAUGCUUUCUGGAAAAUUGUUAAGACUGAAUCGCUACACAAUCAAAAUAACUCUUCUCAAAGACACAGACGUGAUCAAAGGGACUCAGAAGAGCCAAAUGAAAUGGCGACACUGCACGGCACGUGAUACCGAAGUUUCACAGACACAUUAAUGAGGAACAGACUCGUUUUUCCUUUAACUGUUUGCUUUCUCUGUAAAAGUAUGAAUAGUCAUAGCUUACUUCUAAGCAAACGAGUUGAAAGUGAGGACUGAUCUACAUCUGUAAAGCAGGUGUUUUGGUACUGUUUUAUUGUCAGCUAAUUCUAUAUUUGCCAAAUCAUUUCAAAUGUAAACUGUGCUUUUUUACUGUUGUUUAUAUAACAGCUCCACUAUCAAACAGAUAUAGUUUGUAAAUGUGCACACACCGCUGUUUACCAUGAUGAGUAUUUUAAACAAACAGAGAGGCACAUUAGCCCAAAGUAUCCGUUUGCAUAUGCUUGAAACAUUGCAUUUACAAGUAUAUUUUAUUUGAUCAUUUGUGUGCGCACACAGGUGCUUGACUGUAGCAUAAUUGCAGUCAGCUUUUUACUUUGUAUGGUCUUAAUACUAUUUCAAGAUUAAGUUUGGUGUAAAGUUUGUUUACAAAUAGAAUAUGUGAUGUACUUGAAUUUAAGAAUUUCCGUUUAAGAUUAUAAACUCUAAUAAUAACUCAUUGAAGAACAAUAGGGUCCUCGCACUUGGUGCUUGGGCCCUAAAAAGUAGAACGUUUCAGAAUGUGACGAGCUGAAUGAAAAGUAUAAAGAGAAAGUAAAGAGAUUCUUUAUGAUACCAAGAAUGAGAGCACUAGAAAACAGGGUUCCCACGGGUCCUUGAAAUCGUUGAAAGUUUGUGAAUAUGGGGGGAAAAAAGCAAGGGAAGUUUUUGAUAAUACAUGCAUAGAUACAGGUGAUUGAAAGUGCUUGAAUCUAUUUUAUGCUAGAAGUUUUCUGGAAAAAAUCCAUAUUAUUCCCUGUGUAGUGUAGGAUAAUAUUAUAAACUGUUCACUUUAAAUGCUUAUAUCUUUUUUUAUGCGAAUGUUGAUUCAUACCAAAAUGCUUUUUUGCAUUUGUGUUUGGCACAUAAAAACGUCUCGGGUUACAUAUGUAACUGUUGUUCCCUGAGAAGGGAACGAGGAUCUGCGAGGCUUGCCGUCUUUGGCUAUAUUUUAGCGAUAUACUUCCUGGCUCCUGCAUCACCCUGUCUUUGUUGUUAAGCCUCACCAUUGGUUGAAUUUGAUAUACACAUUCAGACGCACUUACCCCUGGAGGCGUCCCCAAAGUGUCACCGCAGUGACGCAGCGCGAGUUCCCUCGAAAGGGAACUGUAACAAUAUCUUUUUUAAUUGUAACACGAUGUUCCCUUGCUCUCACUUGAAAUGUGUCCCUGGCACAUUUUGUCCUUGAAUUUGAGGGUAUUGGACCUGGAAAGUCCUUAAAAGGUCCUUGAAUUUGAAGUUAACUAAGGUGUGGGAACCCUGUAGAAAAAGGAGAAAAGAAUAAUUCUGGAAUAUAUGCAAUUCAGAAACAACAAUAUAAACCUUAUUGUAAAGUGUUACCAAUAUAUUACUUUUUCAUCUGUAUUACAAAAAUCAGUUAGCCUUCAUGUUAUGACAUAUUUUUUUAAUGAAGGAAUAUUUUACAGGUUAAUAAACUGACAGAAGGAUGGAACUUUGUUAUAUUUUUAUUUUUUUGUAGAUAUCCUUUUAGAUAUAUGGUUUGUAUUAUAUUUACAUGCUUUUUUAACACCGUUUAAAUAAAGUGAGAAAAUAUAACAUAUCCCUCAUGUUGUAUAGUCUGCUUAAAAUCAUCCUCACUGAAAUCCUCUGUGAACUUAUUGACCAAAAGUGUAUUUCUUGACCAGAGCCAAUUUAAAAGUGAAAGUUGCCUGCCAGUGAUGUAAACUGUCAGAACAAAAAUAAUGGUUAUAAAAUUAUUUUGUCUAACUAAGAUGAUGCUUUUUUCCAACUUUCUUUUUAUGUCAGUCCUAAUGAUUGCUGAUGGGGAGUGAUAAGGAAGUGAAGGAACGUAUACUGUACGUCAUUGAAUUGCAGCAUUGAUCAUAAAAAUUCAUAAACGCCUGUUCCUUGAAUUAUAAAUUAUGACUAUUUAUUUUAUGCAAUAGACCUGAAUAUAAAAAUGUGAAUAUAAAUUUUAAGGCAAAUAAAGUGAUUACAGAAA